CACUCAGAUCCUACAUUCCUCACUGUACUGCUGCAAAACCAACUCGGAGGCCUCCAAGUCAUGCAUAAAAAACAGUGGGUUGAUGUUCAGCCGAUUUCUGGAGGUUUGGUAGUUAACAUCGGAGUUCUUCUCCAGAUGAUAUCGAACGACAAGUUCAAAAGCGUUGAUCAUAGAGUGAUGGCCAGCCUUGCCGGACCGAGAAUCUCUGUGGCGUGCUUUUUUGUUGGUGUCGUAUCGCCCCCAAAGCCAUACGGGCCAAUGGAAGAAUUGAUAUCAGCAGAAAAUCCUCCCCUGUACAAGGAUUUCCUAGUGAGUGAUUAUUUUGCAAAGUUCUUUUCCAGGGCACUUGACAAAUCUAGGGUCGACGACUACAAGUUAUGAAGCAAAUGCAUAAAGUUCAUCUGUGAAGCUAGCUAUAUUGUGUUGUCCUGUUAAACUUUUCCCUUUUCAUAUGAAUAAAUUCGAUAUCGGGUUUUGUUUUGUGUUUGUGGCAGUUAUCCAUUGAAUAAUACUGCACUCUUUUUUCCUUCGUCAAAGGUUUUUCCCACUAGGUUUUCGUUGACAAGGUUUUGAAGAGAUAUUUGUUUUGGC